UUUCUUAGAAGCCAAACACAAUAAAGUACACAAAGUAAGCACAUCCUGUACUUUUUCUGGCAUAAGAUAAAGCUCUUUAUGGCUAGUAUACGUAACACACUGAUAGUUACAGCCUGUCAGAAUUUCCGUAGGAGUCUCCUACCGGAAAUACACUUUCAGAGCGGAAGUUUUGAUUGUAGCGUCAACGGAGUGGAGAAAGGGCAAUUUGUCUCUCCACUAGCUGAGGCCUGCUGGCUGCUAAGCGGCCAUACAACUAAGUUUUUUUUCCUGAACUCUGAAGACAUGAGCACCAUGAUGGAAGGACAGCAAACUGACACUUAUUUGGAACUGAACACAGAUAAAGCAUCACAUACAAAUUUAGACAUGGAAUGCGGUGACAAAACUACAGUUAAAGAUGGCACAGGAAUUUUAACAAAGAGCGUGCAGAGUGAGUUUUUAUGUGAAUGCCAGGAGGAGCAUACCACAAAGUCUGAUAGCGGGGUAACACUUGAAACCUUGCCUGUGUCAGGCAUGCAUGGUUUCUCAAGGCAGGAUGAUCCUGCUGUGAUAGAACAUAAAGACAAACCUUCUGAAGAGAGCAGUUGGCAUCUCCGGGAUUUGGAACAGACCCUGCCACAACCAGCAAUGUACUGUGAGUUUCUGUGGAGAGACUGGGAAGACCUGUGUGAGACUGAGACCGACUGGGACAAACAGUUUGAUUUCAGUGUCAUUUCUUAUAACAUCCUCUCCCAGGAUCUGGCAGAUCAAAACCCAGAACUUUACCAACACUGUGACCCAUCCAUACUUCACUGGGAUUACCGAUGGCUAAACAUUCUGCAAGAACUCCAGCACUGGGAGGCUGAUAUUAUUUGUCUUCAAGAAGUACAACAAGAUCAUUAUAGAGAACACGUGGAGCCAAGCCUGUCUGCAAUAGGGUAUAGUUGUCACUUUAAACGUCGAACUGGUCGAAAAACUGAUGGCUGCUGUACAUGUUACAAGACUCAGCGUUUUCUGCUACUUAGUGAAAGUCAUGUCGAGUUUUUCCAGCCUGGUAUUGAUGUGCUGAACCGUGACAAUGUAGGUCUGGUUCUUCUUUUAAAGCCUCUCUUGCCAGAUGCGUUACUUGAAAAGCACAGUCCCCUCCCACUGUGUGUGGCAAAUACCCACCUGCUUUACAACCCUCGCCGCGGGGACAUCAAAUUAGCACAACUAGCGCUCUUGCUUGCAGAAGUGGAUAAGAUAUCUCUGACUGCCCAUGACUCUCACUGCCCUGUUAUCCUUUGUGGAGAUUUGAAUGCAACUCCAGACUCCCCACUAUAUUGCCUGCUGCGCAGUGGCUACCUGAACUACAAGGACAUGCCAGCAUGGAAGGUCUCAGGACAGGAGAAAUACUGCACUCUCAGUAAUCCAAGAAUGCUUCCACCUCUCCUCUGGCCAGACUACUUAGGAGUCACUAAUAACUGUCAGUAUGCAACACAACUGAAGCCAAAAAACCUAGAUAAACGGCUAUACACCCGCCAACAACUCCUACAGUUGCGCUACUGUGAAUGUGCCCUACAAAGACCACCUCAUCUCUUACUGAUUAAGGGUGUGACUGACAUUGAGCCAGAUGCUUUUGCUAAAGCUGGCAAUCCUGUUCCACCAAAUGUCUUCCCUGAGCCCCACAGCACCUUUCUGAGGCCCCCCUUCAUACUGAGCCACAGUUUGUACCUAACAUCAGUGUACAGCCAUUUUCUACCAACCAAAGGCCGCGCUGAGGUCACUACCUUACCCAUGGGAAUUGGCAGCACAGUGGAUUAUAUCUUUUACUCCGCAGAGCCACCACACCAGUGUAGAUCACGCCAUGGUUACCAGGUUAAUCAGGACAGCCAUUUAAAGCUACUAGGACGUUUGUGCCUUCUCUCAGAGGAUGAUCUCUGGGUGGCCCAAGGGCUACCAAAUCCGUUCUGUUGCUCAGACCACCUCUGUUUAUUAGCCCGUUUUAGCCUGGACUUGUCUACCCCAUGAAAGAGAAAAGUAAGUCUAUUCUAUAAAUCUGCACACAGGUAAAAGAGUAGUUGUAUUACUUGAACUCUGUGCAGUGUCACAUCUUAGGUCCUGUUUAUGAAUGUACUCAACUAUCUUUGGUCACAUUUUUUUGGUUUACUUAUUUAUAAAAAUAUUAAAUACAUAAAUGUUUAAUUUUUACUGCAUUUCUGUUAUGAAUAUUCUGAAUAAUACCAACCUGUUGACCAAAGUUUAAUUUGAUUUCUAUAACUGUUUUCUGAAGGUCCUUUUUUUUAAAAAAAAUAAAAUAUUCAAAAAUUA